UUAUUUUUACGUACUUGUUCAAAAAUUAAAAUUUUCAUUUCCGGCAUCUUGAACAAUGGCUGACGAUUUACAAACAAAUUUGUCUACGUAUAAGCUGCAAUUACAACAGGUUGAAGCAUCAUUAACUACAGAUCCUGAUAAUGAAGAUCUAUUGAAGCUUAAGAAUGAUUUACAGGAAGUCAUAGACCUGACUGUAGAUCUGAUUGGUACCAAAUUACCUCCUGAGGCAACAGAAGUACUCAAAUCUGACGCACCAGAUGUAUCCUCAUAUAAUUGGAAGUCAGGUGAUCCAUGUAUGGCUAUCUGGUCAGAAGAUGGACAAUACUAUGGCAGUAAGAUAGAUGAGAUUCUAGAGGAUGGAACCUGCACAGUAACUUUUGAUAGCUGGGGUAACACAGAAGUCACCAAUGUUACAAUAUUGAAGCCAAUUGACCCUAAUGCAGUACCAGGAUCAUCUGAUGACAAACACAAAUCAAAACGAGAUAAGAUAGCAGAACAGAGAGAAUACAAGAAAAAGAAAACACAGAAAAAGGCUUCGAGGUUGAAGGCUCAGGAAGAAGAAAGAGAAACAGAGAAAAAUAAAUGGCUGGAUUUUAAUGCCAAAACAUUUUCCAAGACAAAUAAAGGUAAAGUAAAGAAGAGUAUAUUUGCCACCCCAGAUCAUGUCAAUGGUAAAGUUGGUGUUGGUACCUGUGGUCAAAGUGGUAAACCAAUGACAAAGUAUACACACCAGGAAAAAUGGAAGAAAUGAACAAUCUCAGGAGAAAGACCACUCAAUUUUACCCUCACAUUGUUAAAAUGCAGCUGAUAGAUAAUAAUUUGAGAUCGUGUUAAGUUGUCAGAUUAUAAUUCUGAUCUAGCCUGUUUUUAUGUCACAGAAUAACUAUUGACUGAAAGAUCAUGUCAUCAAAAAAUUAUCAUUUUCACCUGAUCACAUUUUCAUUUUAUAAGUGAAUCAUUCUCAUUUUAUAGUUGCUAACUGAAAUGCAGACAGUUUAAGAUGGUACCUAACACUACAGGGAGAUAACUCUGUAAAAUCACUUUUACGUUUUAAUGAUGUUGUGUUGUUAAGGGAAUAUUAAGCUUCUCAAUGAUCAAAAUCUACUAUAUAACCAGUGUAACUUUUCUGAUAAAAUGCUUGGUUCAAAUUUUUUGAAACUUUUAUAUUUUUGUCAAAGGGUCAAAGUAAAUACUUUGUCAAAAUUUUAUGAAAAUUAAACGAGCGAAAUUAAAUAUGGUGAAAGUGUUGGGUACCACCUUAAUUCAUUAGUUGAUCAUUUUCAGUUAAUUUUUAUACAUUGAAAAAAAUUUGAACAUUUGUUUGAAUGGUUUUAUUUGUUGUUUCAUACAACACAUUAUUUUGUAAAUAAAAUGUUUUAACAUGUAA